AUGUACAAUCCUUAUCAACCCCCCGGUCUUUAUGGACAGGCUCCCGAUUAUGGCGCAUAUGGCGCGCCUCCAGGCAUGGCACCUCCUCCGGGAAUGGCUGCUCCAGGUACUAGCGCACCCCCAGGCAUGCAACAAGCCAACAACCAGCCUGGUCGCCCAGGAAGCUUCCCACCUAACUUCCAACCCCCUGCCAAUAUGCCCAACAUCAAUUUCUCUGCCCCGGUAAUUCGUCUUGGUACCUCGGGCCCAGCUAAGCCUGCAGCUCAAGAGGGCAGUCGGGAACGCUCAGAUGGUCCUGGGCGCCGUGCGGGUCUGGGAUCGAUGGGCAUGGAUAGCCAGCGCCAUCACGGUCGCGAUACCGGCAUGCAGCUCCAACCUCCUACUCGCGAUGAAAUUGUCCGCACGCUUUUUGUUGGUGGAAUCACCGAAGGCGUAGGCGGUGAUGAUGGCAUUGAGCGCAUUCUACGAUCUACAGGUAUCUUGCGCCGUUGGAUUCGCGCUACAGAUGCCGAUGAGAAACCGUGCCGCUUUGGCUUUGCCGAAUAUGAUGACCCGGAGAGUCUUGAGGUUGCGGUUGAAACAUUGAAGGAUGUCGAAGUGCCGGUCAAGAGACAGACACAUGGCGCCGAAGGUGACGAGGAUGAGAAGAUCGAAAAGAGCCCGCUUCUGAUCAUUGUCGAUGACGGCACCCUCACUUAUCUGGAGCAAUUUGAGUCUAGCCGAGCAGAGCAAGACCCCGAAGAACGUCAAGCACGUUUCGACGCUGCCCGCACGAACCUCAACAAGGUCUUGAAAGACCUUUUCCAUCCCCCAGCCCCCACUAAAAAGGAGUCAAAUGUUGAUGGGGAGGGCGAUGUUGAAAUGAAGGAUGGAGAAGUCGUUACAAUCCCCAUUACAAUGGAAGAUGAGUUGGCCGAUAUUCCCCCGGAGAUGCGCGCCAAUGUGGCCAAGGAGAUUUCUGCAUUCCGCGAACGAAGCACCCGCCGCGACCUCGAGCGUUUGAGACGCGAGGAGGAGAUCGAGUCGAUGGAGCGUGCACGCAAUUCUGGUCCUCGUAUCAACCGACUUGCUUCGCCUCCAGCAUCCGCUCCCAGCGGUCCCGCCGCCGGUAUCAACGGUAUUCCACUCGGCCCGCGAGAUCGUCAUGUGCCGAACGCACCUUCCGGUCCAAAGGCUUUCGGUGUGCAGAUUCCGAAAGACUAUCAGAAGGGAGUUUCUUUCGUGAAUGGUGGAUCGUUGAAUGGGGCCUACGUUAAGAGCGAAGACGAGGAUUCUGAUGCUAGCGACGACGAAAUUGAACGCCGCCGAAAGGCGCGACACGAAGCCGAGGAGGAGAAGCAAUUCUCCGAUCAAGAACGCCGCUGGCUUAACCGUGAGCGCAGCCGAACCGCCGCGCUGGAGCGAGAGAAGAAGCGCGAGGAUGAAGAAGAUGUGAAGCUGCAAGCUGCGCACGAUGAGAUGGAAGCACGACUUGGUGCUUGGAACGACGAUACUGAAGACAACCGGAAGGCGGCCGACUACUAUGCAGACCGUGGAGCCUGGCUCCGGAACCGUGCCAGCUUCCGUUCCCGUGAGGUCAACAUGGACGAUUCCGAUCGCGCCGCUGAAGAUCGUGAGCGUGUGCAAUCUGCCAAGCAGCAAGAGCAGGCUCGGGGUAUGGCCGAUGACUUCCUCGCUCGCCAAGCCAAGGAGCUUGAAGUCCGUACUCCGGAGGCUCCCCGUGAACCCCAACGCUUCAAGCUUUCCCUUGGAGCCGCCGCGCAGAAGGCUCAGGCCGCGACCAGUCGCCGUACAGUGGCCGAGGUGGAAGGACUACUGGAGGACGAGGAAGAGCCCGUCCACGCAACCCGCCGUCAACUUAUUCCGAUCAAAUUCGAUUCUGCCGCUGAAGCUGCCGGUCUUACCGACGAGGAGCGCGCUCAGGCGGCCCGUCAACUCGCUGCCGAGAUUCCAUCCGAGAAAGAAGGCCUUUGGAACUGGCAGGUCAAGUGGGAGUUUGUCGAUGAAGCCAUUAUCAGUGACCAGCUCAAGCCGUUUGUGGAGAAAAAGAUCGUCGAGUAUCUUGGAGUGCAGGAACAAAUGCUGGUGGACGUGGUGGAGGAACAUGUGCGAAAGCAUGGCUCCCCUCAGGAGUUGGUCGAACAGCUGGCCGAAGCAUUGGACGAGGAGGCCGAAGUCCUUGUUCGCAAGCUUUGGCGAAUGAUCAUUUUCUGUUCCGAGAGCGAGAAACGAGGCCUGUCCUCUUGA